UAUUAUUUUUAGUAGAUUUCUAAUUAGUGGAAAUACGAGAAAUGCUGUGUUACGCUUAUGAACAAAAGUCACCUAUGACUUCGGCUGAUCAAAAUCCACAAUCUAUGGAUCGGAGAAUUCAUAACAUGGACGACAGUCCGCCUAUGCCGAUGAGCAGUUUGACACCAUCUACGGAUUACGGAUCUCAUGUACACACAACGGGAAUUCCUCAUCAUCCCCACUAUCAAGUGUCUAGUUUUGGAAUAUCUGUGCCAUCCGGGGUCGCACCCAUCAUGCCAACUGAAAUAAGAGAUGGGGAUUCCUACGAAUAUGGAGUCGUUUCUACAAAUCAGAACGUUGACCCUGUGAGUGAAAGUGAUAUCAUACGCACGUCAGCGACAAACGUCUGGGAUCACAACGCAUCGUAUGCGUAUACAGGGGUACAUAAUUCAUUUCCAAGAGACGCGCCCAGAUUAUUUACCAACGACAGAGAGUGGAAUCUGCGCAGUGAACACAUGUCAUAUGAACCAGCCAAACACUUUUACCCACAUCCACCCAGCACGCGACCAUCCUUAUAUUCCUCAAGCCACUUACCUCCUAUUACUAAUGGACAUCAUGCGACAGCGCCCAAUGAAAUUGGUAAUAAGGAAAUGUUUUCAAAUGGCCCAAUUGUCAAUGGUGAAAAUGUUGCUAAGUAUGGUAUUGACCCAGCUAAUCCGGCGUUACAACGACACCCGUAUGAUUGGAUCAACAAAAACUCUUACAUCGCCAGCCAGCCGCCAGCAACUGGGAAAACGAGAACCAAAGAUAAAUAUCGAGUUGUUUAUUCGGAUCAUCAGCGCCUCGAGUUGGAGAAAGAAUUUCGUUUCAGUCGGUACAUCACAAUACGUCGGAAGGCAGAGUUGGCAAUACAACUAAACCUAAGCGAGCGACAAAUUAAAAUAUGGUUUCAAAGACGAGCUAAAGAGAGAAAAAUCAGUAAGAAGCGAGUGGGAGAAGUUUCAUCUGAUACAUAUCCGGAUUCUGUGAAACAGCAAAGUUCAAAUAGCGAUGAUGACGAGAAAAUGGGAAUGCAAAGUGAUUUGAACAACAACGUCAAAUGCGAGAGCAAAGAAUCGCCUUACAAUUGCAUUCCAGGGUUUGAAUUCAGUAACAGUGGAGAAUCGCCACAGCCCAAGCAGAUUUUUCCGAUACAAACGCACAUCGAGAUGGCAUACAUAGAAUGGGGCAGUUGGUGGAUUUCAGGCAGCCAGAUCAUCACGACCAGUUUCGUUAUGACAAUCCACCCAUCUCUCAUCAUCAGCAAUUAUGUGGAGUGAUUCCGAUGCCAGUUGCCGUGCCCGUAACACCAACCGAUUCAAAUUCGGAUAACACAGAGAAAUUCACUUACGAAUCACACGAUGAAAAAUCAGCAUCUGUGUGCACAUUGCCUUAAUAAAAGUAAAAUCAGAUAAUGUUUGUUUACGCGCUGUUUCACCUUGAAAUCGUUCACGGCCUUGUUUGUGGUCGACCGCUCCGGUGCCAGCUUGCCAAUGGCCUUUACACAUAUAUAUACAUUAAAUUUGGCUGGUAACCUAUAUGGUACUGUGCUAGAAUUUGAAUUUUUCGACUUUCCUGUCAUGAUCAUAAAUUAAAAUUUCGUGGGUUUAGAACUGGAAUAAGGUUCAUAAUGUUAAGGGUCCAGUUGUUAAAGCACUCAUCGAAAACCAAAUUGAUCUCAAAGUUUAUCCAAAUGAAGUAUGAAAUGACAUAUUCCGAAGAUGUUACACAAUGUGUUAUUGCAACCUAUUACAAAUCUUCGCUGAUUUUGAAAAUAUAUAUUUGAUUUGUUAUACGAACCCUUGUACAUAAUAUUUUGUUUCCGUUUAAGCCCUUUUCACAAAUUACACUGUCGAUUAAGGUAAAAAUUCUCAAGGGAACUUGAUGCAGUUUUUCUCGAGACAACUCUAGUUAGCAUAGCUUCUAUCAAUAUUAUCAGACAAUAGCAACUUUAUGAAACUGCUGUUAAUGGACCAAACGUGAUAAAUUGUAAUUUGUCCCCAAUCCGUAUAAUUUAUUCAAUGUCUGUUUGUUAUGAAGUGUAUUUAUAUUCAUUAAAACUAACGUAAAUAAAAAUUUUAAUAAAUGACGGUUGCUUA